GCGUAACCGUGGAAUAGAAAAUGUAAGCCCCAAGUUUCGAUCCAAAACGGAGGAAAAAGAUUGAGACUCUACAAUUUCUUCUUUCUGAUUACAGGGGAUGGACUUCUGACUAUCUGCAAACUAAGGCAAGACUUAUAGCUCCACCAAAGUGACGUUUUCCUCACUAUACAGACAAGAGAAAUAGAGAAAUACACAAUGGCGGAAGACUUUGACGUGGAGGCCAUGUUGGAGGCACCUUAUAUGAAAGAGGAUGAUGUGAGCCAGGGGAAGAGCAAUGGUGACAGAGAUGACCGAGACAGGCGUCGACGUAGCAGAGACCGAGACCGGGAUGAUCGAGACCGUAAGAGAAGAAGUCGCAGCAGAGACCGAGAUAGAGAUAGGAAAAGGAGAGACCGGGAUGACAGAGACAGAGGAAGGAGUUCAGAUCGAGAGAGAAGAGACAGAGAAAGAGAUAGAGAUCGAUCUAGCAGGGAUAAACCUAGAAGAAGGUCGCGUUCCAAAGAUCGAACAGAUAGAUUUCGUAAACGAUCUACAUCACCAAUAAGGACUGCAUUGCCUGAGAUGACUCCAGAAGAGAGAGAUGCCAGGACAGUCUUCUGUAUGCAGCUAGCGGCUAGGAUCAGACCCAGGGACUUGGAGGAGUUCUUCUCAUCAGUUGGACAGGUACGAGAUGUUCGAAUAAUCACAGACAACAAGACCCGGAGGUCUAAAGGCAUUGCAUAUAUAGAAUUUAAAGACACUGAAUCAGUGACACUAGCCUUAGGCCUCAAUGGCCAGAGAUUACUAGGUGUACCCAUCUUAGUUCAAGCCUCUCAGGCAGAGAAAAAUCGUGUAAAUGCUGCAACAGUUGGUAUCCCAGGUAUCAAAGGGCAUACUGGACCCAUGAGGCUGUAUGUUGGAUCUUUACAUUUUAACAUUACUGAGGAUAUGCUGAAGGGAAUCUUCUCGCCAUUUGGGAAGAUUGAACACAUAAACCUCGUGAUGGACAACGAAACAGGUCGAAGUAAAGGCUUUGGAUUUGUGUCGUUCCAUGAUUCUGAUGAUGCCAAGAAAGCAUUGGAGCAACUGAAUGGCUUUGAGCUAGCAGGGCGACCAAUGAAGGUGGGACAUGUCACCGAAAGGACGCCUGACCCCCAGGGAAGUAACGCAUUGGACACAGAUGAAUUAGAUCGAGCAGGAAUUGAUCUUGGUGCCACAGGACGUCUUCAACUUAUGGCAAAACUCGCCGAAGGUACUGGGUUCCAGCUCCCACAGGCAGCGGCAAAUGCUUUGAACAUGCCUCAGUCUGCCCCACCAAAUACUAGCGUGCCAGGGGUACCCCAGCAGGCAUCACCAGCGCCCCCUGCACAGCAAGCAGCAGCGCCACCUAUAGCCACACAGUGCUUUAUGCUCUCUAAUAUGUUUGAUCCAAUCACAGAAAGCAGCCCAACAUGGGAGCAAGAAAUCAGGGAUGAUGUAAUAGAAGAAUGUAACAAACAUGGAGGGGUUCUACACAUAUAUGUUGAUAGGGCUUCCCCCCAGGGCAAUGUCUAUGUCAAGUGUCCUAGUAUAGCUGCAGCUGUUGCCUCCGUAACUGCACUACAUGGUCGCUUCUUUGCAGGGAGAAUCAUCACAGCAGCAUAUGUCCCUUUACCCAACUACCACCAGCUGUUCCCUAUGGCCCUCAAUGCAGUACAGCUAGUGAUGCCCUCAACAAUACGACAGUCUGGAUUCAUGUAGCACCUUGCCUGAUUAUAGUGGACCUGAACUUCCUCAUGGAUAAACUAAGAACUUUAGCUUAUAUGACACACAGUACUAUACAGUUAAGCAGGGUCAUAUAGGGGCACGAGCUCUUAUUGAUCCUGGUAGAAUUAGAAUUUUGGAUAAACUUGUAACUCUUGCUUUCCUGACCCUCAUACUACACACUGGUCUGAUUACAAGCCCUUGGUUGGCACUGGACCUCAUUACAUAAAAAAACUAGUUUUUAUGUAGCUCUUUAUUAUGAAUAUACACCAUUGGGGUUACAGAUUUGUAGCUGCAACCCCUUUCUGAUUGUAUAUCUGAAUUGUUGUUGGAACAGGGAUGCUAUUGGGCCUUUUGUGAAACUUGGGAUGAUUUUGCUACAAAUUUAAUACAAUGGGGUAUGGAAUAAAUAAGGAUAUAUUUUAAUGUGGCUGAUCAGAGAUCCUGCCUGAUUACUUCUGCUAUUAUGGGUCAUGAUAUCCCAUAUCUGGAUAAUAUGGAGCCAUCUCAUAUUUUGACCAACUACAUGUAUAUUAAUGCUGCAGCAUGUUAUCUAGCGUCAAUGCCUGAAUUAUUAUUUAUGUGGAAUUGUGUAGUACUGCAGAUCUUGGAACUUAAAAUCCUGCAGAUUUGCGAUAUUCACACUUUAUAUAAUAAAGAAAAACAUUCUGGGUGCUGAAAAGACACAAAAUAAGGCUGAAGUUGAUUUUUUUAGUUCUUUUAUUUUUAAGCACAUUCCUUAAAUAACAAUAAUGAUUAUGAAAGAAUGUAAAAUGACUUGAUUUGUUGUAAGUUCAUUUAACCCUGAAAUGAUCACAUUAGGAGAGGGCAUGAUGCCAAGUUGACAGAAUUAUUUUUAUGAAAUUGUCAUAUAUACAGUAGAAAUAUAGACCUAUAUAAAAAUGGA